AUGUGGCCAUGUGGGGGCGGUGGCCCAAAACGUUUCAGAACCUCUGGAUUAGAACCAUAUGAACUGAAGUGCUUUGCUCAAGAACACAACGCAUCGCCCCAUCGAGUUAAUGUCAAUCCCAGAACAUCUGCCAGGUAUGUCCACAAACGUGGGUACUAUGGCAGACCUGCAAGAAACAAGCUACUUCUUCGACCAGCCAAUUUUAAGCGGAGAAAAGAUUCUCUGACAGGGUUCGAGUUUGGGUCUGGUGACUGUGAUCAAGAAUUUGAAGUGAAAAUAUUGCAGCCAACAAUGAAGCGCUGUAGCUAUUCUGUGAUGGUUCGGGGUGCAAUUUCGAGCAAUGGUCAAUCAGAGCUGGUGAAUUGUGUGGGAAAUAUAAACUCAGAUAAAUAUGUGUACAUAUUGCGGAAAGGACUACUAAUAUCCUCCAGUGAUGAUAUGGUUAAAGAAGGCUCUCUAUUUAUGUCAUCUUGUCACAUGGCUAAAAAGACCCGAGAUUGGUUGGAAUGGAAUGGAAUCGAAAAACUUCCAUGGCCGAGCCAAUUACAUUAUAUGGUCCCUAUUAAAGGUCUCUGGAGUAUAAUGGAUAAGAGACUUCGUAAAAAGAACAAGGAAAUAUCAAACAUCCUCCAAUUUUACAUUAAAUAUCAUACUUUCAUUAAAAACAUACGACAGAAGGCAUUUCCAUUAUGA